AUGUACGCCGUGGUGCGCUGUCUGGGGGUGCGUCUGAAAGCAGGCCCCAGGCUGGGGGAGGGCAGGGUGGAGGUACUGAGAGAGGGGAAGUGGGGGACCGUGUCGGACCACCUGUGGGACCUAAAGGCAGCCAGUGUGGUCUGCAGGGAGCUGGGGUUCGGAUCGGCCAAGGAGGCCCUCAACAAGGCCCAGCUGGGACAGGGUACUGGACCUAUUCAUAUGAACUCAGUUCAGUGUACAGGCAGAGAGAAGUCUCUGCUGCAGUGUUCUUUCAGGGAGGUUCCUCUCUACAGUGUAAAACACACUAAUGACGUGGCUGUGCGCUGCAACGUCCCCAACACUGGGCUGGAGACCACGGUGCGGUUGGCGGGGGGCAGGGAGCCUGCAGAGGGGCGUGUGGAGGUGCUGAUGGAGGUGGGAGGGGUACAACGCUGGGGGGCCGUCUGCAGUGAGAACUGGGGCAUCAACGAGGCCAUGGUGGUGUGCAGACAGCUGGGCUACGGCUUUGCAAACAGAGCUCACCAGGAGACGUGGUACUGGCCCGGAGCUCCGGAGGCAGCAGAGGUGGUUCUGACUGGAACCCACUGCAUCGGCACAGAGAUGUCCAUUCAGCAGUGUCGUAGGAACACACAGGUCUACUGUCCCAGGGGAGGAGAUGGCAAGGCGGCUGGGGUCACCUGUGUUGAGACGGCCCCUGACCUGGUAUUAGAUGCCCAGUUGGUCCAGGAGACAGCCUACCUGGAGGACCGCCCCUUGCACCUCCUGACCUGUGCCAAUGAGGAGAACUGUCUGUCGUCCUCUGCUGCCCGGAUGAGCUGGCCUUACGGACACAGACGCCUGCUACGAUUCUCCUCACGCAUCAUGAACAUGGGCCGGGCCGACUUCAGACCUAGAGCGACCAGGGAGUCCUGGACCUGGCACCAGUGUCACAGGCACUACCACAGCAUUGAGGUGUUCACCCAUUAUGACCUUCUGACCCUGAAUGGAACUAAGAUCGCUGAGGGUCACAAAGCCAGCUUCUGUCUGGAGGACACCUACUGCCCCGAAGGUAUGCAGAAGCGCUACUCGUGCUACAACAUGGGAGAGCAGGGUAUCCAGGUAGGUUGCUGGGAUACGUAUCGCCAUGACAUCGACUGUCAGUGGAUCGACAUCACAGACAUCAGCCCCGGGGAGUACAUCUUUCAGGUUGAAGUGAACCCUUCGUUGGACAUGGCUGAGUCAGACUUUCAGAACAACGUGAUGCGUUGCCGCUGCAAGUACGAUGGAGGACGUGUCUUCAUGUUCGGCUGCCACGCUGGUGAUGCAUACAGUUCAGAGGUGGAGGAUCUGUUUGAGCACCAGCGUCAGAUCACCAACAACUUCCUCUAACCAACGGAACAACAGAAGAACCAAUGGGAGAUCUCCAUCCAACAGAACAACGAAUGAGAGACUUCAGAACAACCAGUCAACCAAUGGGAGUUCUCAGGGCCGAGCUUUGGAACCACAGCUCAUCUCAACUUACCCAAUCAGUGGAGAGGAGCCGGAGGAGGACAAGGAAGCCUGGGUUGGAAUGGACUGUGGGAGGGAGGGGGGAGGAAGGAAGAGGGGAGGGAAGGGGGGAAUUUUCAAAGAAAGAAUCACCUGAACAUCAAGCAGUCAUCGCACCUUCCCCAUCACUAACCAUAUCUCUGAGAGAGAGAGAGAGAGAGAGAGAGAGAGAGAGAGAGAGAGAGAGAGAGAGAGAGAGAGAGAGAGAGAGAGAGAGAGAGAGAGAGAGAGGUAGAGGGAGAGAGAGAGAGAGUAUAGACAGAGACGUAUACAGGACUUAUGGGUAGUUGUGACACGUUUCUCAGUUGGAAUUGGACCAUAUCAAGCUGUAACGUGUCAGGUGUCACCAUGGUAACAGGAUUUAGAUUAAAGUAGAGAUGCUUGUCUUGAAACCAAAAAAAUAUGAGCAUCAUGGAGUUAUUUACAGAUUUGAAAUGACGUAAAAACAACAAGAUAGUUCCCUAAGAUUCAGACAUGCUAUGGUUAUGUAGCACAGGAGGCUGGUGGCAUCUUAAUUGGGGAGGAUGGGCUGAUAGUAAUGGCUGCAAAGGAAUUAAAUGGAAUGGAAUCAAACACAUGGUUUCCAUGGUUUCCAUGUGUUUAAUACCAUCCCAUUCACUCCAUUCCAGCCACUAUUAUGAGCCGUCCUCCCCUCACCAGCCUCCUGUAAUAUGUAAGAAGGUUACACUAAGGUACAUGAGUAUAACAUGAAUGUUUAUCAAAUCACAAACGGUGUAUAUUGUAUAAGAUGGUUGUACCUAUUUAGUGACAAUGGGGCAAAGCUACCCUGUUUAAAAGGUGCACUCAGUAAGGUGGCAUUGUCAUACAUUCAAAAGAUUCAGACCUCAGGCUCUUUACAACAUAAAUAUACACAUUAAACACAACAUAUGUAUAUAUACACAUUAGAAUACAGAAACACAGUCAUGUGAAGCACAAAUAAAACCAUCACAAAUCACAGAGAAAAACUGUCUCAUUCAUCCACAAAUAAAACCCCAAUCAAUACUUUAAACUGCCCGAACGGCACCAGAACGUCAACAUGAAAUGGAUUUUGAAUUUUGUUCCGGCAAUACGGUGCAUUAAAACCAACAAGCAGAUUUACCUGCCGGAGACCAAGUUGACCAAGCCGUCGGUCAUUCAGGUGUCUAUACUUCAACAGCAAAGACCGUGUAAACAACAAGGGUGUCUUCCUGCUUGCAGACAUUUUGAAUUCUGUUUAUGUCUGUGUUUGUCUGUGUUUAUGUCUGUGUUUAUGUCUGUGUUUAUGUCUGUGUUUAUGUCUGUGUAUGUGUCUGUGUUUAU